AUGACUAGAUUGCAGCACUGUCUUGGUAGCUUCAUUGUUCAACAGUCGCACUUGCGUCUAGAAGACAUGCUUCCUGUAGCACGAAAUCGGCUGGACCGCGGAUAUCAGCAUCGCCGCGUUAGAAAGUCACCUCGGUCUGCAGUUCAAGCUGUCAGUGAUGUGCCCGAAUAUGAACCAGCUUCACGGCCAGUAAGCAGACGCGACCGUCUUAGCUGGCUUUCAACCCAUAGCUGCGGAAAAGUAACGCAGACGACACAAGGCAUCUGGCCUCGUCAUGUCAGUCAACCUGCAAUCGCUAAAGUAUCGCAAUCACCUAGGCCCAUGAGGUCAUCGCCUUCGCCACGGGACUCGAAUGAGUUAACUUGUGAGCUUCAGCAAAAUACUCAUCAGGAGGAAUUUGGUCUAACCUCCCGUCCAGAUAGGCUGAGCGAGCCUGAAUAUGAGACAGAUGAAUUGGAUCUAAGAUUAGUCGCUUGUCUACAACUAGACCGACUUUGGCGAUCGAUUCGUAAGUACGGAGCUUGCACUUUCAGAAUUUAA